AUGGAAUUUUUUGGUAUUUCAUUAUAUGGUGCACAAAAUUAUAUUAAAGAUAUGAUUAAAGAUGAUUAUGUUGAACCUUUAAAGGAAGAAGAUGUUCAAGCUUUAAUGAAAAAAGUAAUACAGAAUUCUACAAUGCCUAAAAAGAUUCAGAGACCCGAUAUGGAUAGAAUGAGACUAAUUGAUUGUUACAUGGGCAAAGUCAAUGGUUUUGCUUACGGCUCAUCACAAAGAUUUAUAAAAAUGAAACGUAAAGGCGUUAUAAAGCCAGUGGGCCCAGCUGAUAUGUACAGAUUACCAAUUACUACAUCAGUUGAAUAUGGUUGGUGGCAGCAUGACCCUGAAAUAAAUAAUGCUUCCUGGCAUCUAACUCAUCCAAGACGACCUCAACCUUCAUCUCCCAAUACACUUAUACUUGACGUUGUUAGAAAAAAUAACAAAUACGCUACAUUGUUUUAAACUCAUUAGAGUCGAAUUUAAUUUUUUCAGUGACUUAUUA